UACCCAAAACAUUUUUAGAAAUUGGUGCUGUUUUUAAAAAAAUGAAAAGCAUAAAACAUUUUUAUUUUGGACGUACUUUUGGAUCUGAUAGGUCUAUUAUAGAUAUUUUCACGACUCAAUCAUUGCUUCAUCAAAUGCAAAAUGAGAGUGAAUUAUUUAUUGAAUUGACAAUGCAGGUAAUGAUAAAAACUUUAAUUAUUUGAUACUAACAAUUAACUCUUAUUUGUAUUCAUAAUUGGUGAAUAUAAAUUAUCUUUUGUUUGUAGGGUGUCAUUAAGCGUCCAAAAGCAUCACACAUCAUAAAGUUUCUUUUGAGACAUGGAAAGCAUGGAGUUCCAGCAUGUAUUGCACUCUGUAGCAGCAACUCAGAUGAAUUAUUUAAAACUACUUUAAAUUUCCUGAUUAACCACGCUCCAGGAAUGAAAAACAAUUUACAAACUGUUUUUGCUGAUAUUAGUGAUGCGACAAUAUCUGCAAUUAAUGAAGUGAUGCCGUGGGUAUUACAAAAAAUUUCUUGGUUCAACUUUACCAGUACGAUAACUCAAAAGUGGGAGUCAUUACAGCUUCCCAAACGCAAUGAUGAAUUGUAUGUAUUACUAAGGCUAGUAUGGACACUGCCAACAGUUGGUGUUGAUAGUUAUUAUGCAGCAGUAAUGCAUAUAAUAAAUGAAAUAAAAAAAUAUGAACUAUCCAACUCAAAUUUAGAAACUUUCUUGUCAUAUUUAAUGAAUGUUUGGUUUUCAUACCCUGAAAAAGUUUUAACAUGGAAUAUUUUAUCGGACCAACAAUGGAUUGUUGAAUUGUUUAAUCAAAAUUUUUCGAGGGUUUUAAAUUAUUCACAAAAUCAGACACUGAAGCAAUUUAUUAUUAAUAUUCCGGUAAUGUUGAAAGAAACGAUAAAAACUCUAAGCCAGCCGGAAUUUACUGGAAACCGAUCUCAAGUAACAGUGGAUGAAAUUCCUGAGAAAAUCGUACAGUUCAUUCACAAGUUAAAUAAUCAAAUUUCCGAUGAAAAAUUAUCAAUAAAAUUUUUCUUUGAUGAAAUGAUUAAAAAUACUUUAAUUCAAGAUACUAUCGAAAUUGCUAGUUCAAGGCAUCCAAGUGUUCAAGUCCAAAGUGACAUUGUUAAUGAACGGACUCAAAUGUCUAGUAAUAUCGGAAACAAUGUGGUAGCUGUUGAAUCAGUAAUAUCAAGUCAGUUACGUAGCGAAUCAACCACCUCUCUUGAAACCGGCUUGACUGAUAAUAAUAGCAUAAACGAGAAUCCAAGUAUUGUUAUUCAUGAUGAUGAUUCGGAAACAGAAGAGCCUGGAUCAAGUAUGAAUACCCCGUUAGAUGAUCAGAUAAUUGUUAUUUCAGACGACGAAGUAUCGGAAAAUAAUUCCACUGAGAGAGAAAACAGUCACAUUGAAGUUCCAAGUCUCGAUACGGUGAUCGCAAUGGAUGAAUUUCCGACAUUAAUAUGAGAAAGAUUGUAAUUGAUGCUUUUUGAUGACUUAAAGGCGACAAGUACGUCAUAAAUAUGCAGUUCUUGUCUGUGCAAUCAACCUCGAGCGAUUUUUCGGCCUUGCGGACACAGGUCCCUGUGUUUACGGUGUAAAAAGAGAUUCGAGUUGCUGAAAGAAGAAGAGAAUUUCACAUUAAAAUGCAUCGUAUGCAACAGUCCAUCAUCAUUAUUAAUGAUAUUAUACUAAAUAUCAGAGUAAUUUAGUAUUAACUGUCGUUAUAUUAAUACGUUUUGUUCGUAUGAGUUAUUUAUUUAAAUGAAUAAUUCCUGAACGGUUAAAAUAAUUAAAAAAUACUUAAUAGUUCUUAACGAACUUUUCUAUUAUAGAUUUAAAUAUUGAUGUGUUUAUUUCAUGCUU